AGCCCGGAGGGUCCUGCAGUGCAUUCUGGGAAAAUUGCUGGGCCCGCAGCUUCGUUUCCGGCCUAGAGUCCGCGCCUGCUCUUCUGAGGGCCCGCGGUGGCAAGGCACUUCCUAGGUUCCCGGGAACUGCGGAGCGCUUCUGUUCUUAUCUAGAUUUUUGGCUUCUGCGGGGGUGUUGCCUCCUCGCCCGCGCCGCCAGAAUGUCUGGGGUGCGCGCCGUGCGGAUCAGCAUCGAAUCGGCCUGUGAGAAGCAGGUCCAGGAGGUGGGCCUGGAUGGCACUGAGACGUACCUGCAGCCUCUGUCCAUGUCCCAGAACCUGGCGCGUCUGGCCCAGCGCAUCGACUUCAGCCAGGGUUCGGGCUCCGAGGAGGAGGAGGCGGCGGGCGCCGAAGGCGAUGCUCAGGACUGGGCGGGUACCGGGUCCGGCGCGGACCAGGACGACGAGGAAGGGUUGGUAAAAUUUCAGCCUUCUCUUUGGCCUUGGGACUCAGUGAGGAACAAUUUGAGAAGUGCUCUGACAGAGAUGUGUGUCCUCUAUGAUGUUCUCAGUAUUGUUAGGGAUAAAAAAUUUAUGACCCUUGAUCCUGUUUCUCAGGAUGGACUUCCUCCAAAACAGAAUCCUCAGACGCUGCAGUUGAUCUCUAAAAAGAAGUCACUUGCUGGAGCAGCACAAAUCCUCUUGAAGGGGGCAGAGAGACUGACUAAGUCAGUUACGGAAAAUCAGGAAAAUAAGCUACAAAGAGACUUCAACUCUGAGCUUUUGAGAUUAAGGCAACACUGGAAACUUAGAAAAGUUGGAGAUAAAAUCCUUGGAGAUCUCAGCUACAGAAGUGCAGGAUCUCUCUUUCCCCAUCAUGGUACAUUUGAAGUAAUAAAGAAUACAGAUAUUGAUCUGGAUAAGAAGAUACCUGAAGAUUACUGUCCCCUUGAUGUUCAAAUUCCUAGUGAUUUAGAGGGGUCUGCAUACAUCAAGGUUUCCAUUCAAAAACAGGCUCCAGACAUAGGUGAUCUUGGCACAGUUAACCUUUUCAAACGACCUUUGCCCAAAUCCAAACCAGGUUCCCCACAUUGGCAGACAAAAUUAGAAGCAGCACAAAAUGUUCUCUUGUGUAAAGAAAUUUUUGCACAGCUCUCUCGGGAAGCUGUUCAAAUUAAAUCACAGAUCCCUCACAUUGUGGUGAAAAACCAGAUUAUCUCUCAGCCCUUUCCAAGCUUACAGUUAUCUAUUUCUUUGUGCCAUUCCUCAAAUGAUAAGAAAUCUCAAAAAUCUGCUACUGAGAGGCAAAGUCCAGAGGAUCACCUUUAUGUCCUAGAGCAUAACUUGCAUCUGCUGAUUAGAGAGUUUCAUAAGCAGACCUUGAGUUCCAUCACGAUGCCUCAUCCAGCAAGUGCACCUUUCGGCCACAAGAGAAUGAGACUUUCCGGUCCUCAAGCUUUUGAUAAAAAUGAAAUUAAUUCAUUGCAGUCCAGUGAAGGACUUCUGGAAAAAAUAAUUAAACAAGCAAAGCAUAUUUUUCUGAGAAGUAGAACUGCUGCAACCAUUGAUAGCUUAGCCAGUCGCAUCGAGGAUCCUCAGAUACAGGCUCACUGGUCCAAUAUUAAUGAUGUUUAUGAAUCCAGCGUGAAAGUUUUAAUUACCUCACAAGGUUAUGAACAAAUAUGCAAGUCCAUUCAGCUGCAGUUGAAUAUUGGCGUUGAGCAGAUCCGAGUUGUACACAGAGAUGGUAGAGUAAUUACACUCUCGCAUCAGGAACAGGAGCUGCAGGAUUUCCUUCUGUCUCAGAUGUCACAGCAUCAGGUGCAUGCAGUUCAGCAGCUAGCCAAGGUUAUGGGCUGGCAAGUGCUGAGUUUCAGUAAUCACGUGGGACUGGGACCCAUAGAGAGCAUUGGCAAUGCCUCCGCUAUAACAGUGGCCUCCCCAAGUGGUGACUAUGCUAUUUCAGUUCGCAACGGCCCUGAAAGUGGCAGCAAGAUUAUGGUUCAGUUUCCUCGUAACCAGUGUAAAGACCUUCCAAAAAGUGAUGUUUUACAAGAUAGCAAAUGGAAUUAUCUUCGUGGGCCAUUCAAAGAAGUUCAGUGGAAUAAAAUGGAAGGUCGAAAUUUUGUUUAUAAAAUGGAACUGCUUAUGUCUGCACUUAGCCCUUGUCUACUCUGAUUUUUUUCCAGAAGUUUCCAGAAACUUUGACUUGAGGUGUUUACAAGUCAAAUAUAGUAAAAGGAAGUGUAAUCUUCCAGAGGAUUGUUUUUAAAAAAUAUUAAUUAGCAGAUGUUUACGUAGCAUUUUGGAACCUUCACUUUAUAAGUGACAAGUGCUUUGUAGAAAUUUAUGUAUAGUUAUAGGGUGUACAGUAUGGGAAUAUGUAAAAUAAUGCUUUUUUUAUGCAGUUAACUCGAAAUGUCACUAACUUAUGGGGUUUGCAUUUCCUUUUUUAAAUAUUCCUUUGAUGUUGAUACCAAAUAAAACGUUAAAAAUUCCAGAUACUUUCUGAACUCUUAA